GGGGUAAAAGGGAAGGAGACAAACUGAAUGAUGCUCCUUCUGCUUCAACCCUUUAGGCAAAAAUAUGUGGACUUACGCUUUCAUCGUUGCGACUGAAAUUUAUAAUUUUUUUAAGUUAGUUGCGGACGCAAAUAUCGGACACUAAGAAAAGCAACGGCAUUGCGGUCGCAGCGGGGCAGGCGGCCUUUUAUACCGUGGCAUCAGCGACCCUCCAUCCCCACGUUGCUGUGUCUCGGCGGGGCUGAUCGUGCGGUGGUGGUGCGUGAGGAGAGUCUGAGAGGCUCCGAACUGAUGUCUCUGCCUGUCAGGAAUUUAAAGUGUCUCUCACCGGUCAUGUGCCAGUGUAAGGUCAUCUGCAGCAACCGGACCCUCUCUCUUAUGUUCGGGUGUAAGAAGUACAGGUACCAGGAUGAGGAGACGCCCCCCUUGGAGCACAGCCCAGCACAUCUGGCUCAAGGGAAAAGUGCAGAGAUGCUUCAUAUGAGCGACAAGAACCUUGCUGCCAUGGAGGCGAUACAUGGCUACACGCCACAUACACACAUCUCUCCUGUCAAGCCUGUGUUGAUGUCCACGGGGCACACCCCAAUGUACACCUCUGCAGUUUCCACACUGGGAAACACUCCUCCAGUGGUGGUGAACACCGACACACUUGAUGGCUCGCCAUAUGUAAAUGGAACAGAAGGAGAAAUCGAGUAUGAGGAAAUCACAUUGGAAAGAGGCAACUCAGGCCUGGGCUUCAGCAUAGCGGGGGGUACAGACAACCCUCAUGUAGGGGAUGACCCCAGUAUCUUCAUCACCAAAAUCAUACCAGGAGGGGCUGCAGCUCAGGAUGGACGGCUCAGCGUUAACGACUGCAUCCUGUUUGUGAAUGAUGUUGAUGUGAGGGAAGUGACACACAGCCAAGCUGUAGAGGCCCUGAAGGAGGCAGGUGCUAUUGUCCGCCUCUAUGUUCUCCGCAGAAAACCAGCAGCAGAAAAAGUCACCGAAAUCAAACUAAUCAAAGGGCCUAAAGGAUUAGGUUUCAGCAUUGCCGGAGGGGUGGGAAACCAGCACAUACCGGGAGAUAACAGCAUCUACGUCACCAAGAUCAUCGAAGGAGGGGCAGCUCAUAAAGAUGGGCGCCUGCAGAUCGGGGACAAGAUCUUAGCGGUGAACAACGUGUGUCUGGAGGAUGUGAUGCAUGAGGACGCGGUGGGAGCUUUGAAGAACACAGCGGAGGUGGUGUACCUCAGGGUGGCCAAGCCAAACAACCUCUUUCUGACGAACUCAUACAACCCACCGGACCUCACCAGCACAUAUUCUCAUAUGGAUACUGAACUUAGCCACCCCAACUAUCUGGGAUCAGAUUACCCACAAGCCCUCACUCCCACCUCACCGAGUCGCUUCUCUCCUGUUCUACAUGGCCUGAUGGGAGAUGAUGACAUACCUAGAGAACCUCGCAGAGUUUUGAUCCACCGAGGCUCUACAGGUCUGGGCUUCAACAUUGUCGGGGGAGAGGAUGGAGAGGGCAUAUUUAUCUCCUUCAUCCUGGCAGGAGGUCCAGCUGACCUCAGCGGGGAGCUACACAAGGGCGACCAGAUCCUCAGUGUUAAUGGCGUGGAUUUGCGCAUGGCCACCCAUGAACAGGCCGCCGCAGCUCUGAAGAACGCUGGCCAGACUGUAACUAUCAUCGCUCAGUACAGGCCUGAAGAGUACAGCCGUUUUGAGGCUAAAAUCCAUGACUUGAGGGAACAGUUGAUGAACAGCAGUAUGGGCUCUGGGACCACGACAUUAAGGAGUAACCCGAAGAGAGGCUUUUACAUCAGGGCUCUUUUUGACUAUGACAAGACAGCUGACUGUGGCUUCCUCAGUCAAGCCCUGGGCUUCAGGUUUGGGGACGUGCUGCAUGUGCUGGACUGUGGAGAUGAAGAAUGGUGGCAGGCCCGUAAGGUCAGCCCGCAGAAUGAGGCUGAGGAGGUUGGCUUCAUCCCCAGUAAGCACAGGGUGGAAAGAAAAGAGUGGUCUCGUGUUAACACCAAAGAGAGGGACCAUGGUCGGGACAGUGUGGGUACUCAAGGGAGAGAUAAAAACCCACACAGUUAUGAGACAGUUACUCAAGUGGAAGUACAUUACGCGAGGCCGAUCAUCAUUCUGGGUCCGGUGAAAGACAGGAUAAAUGACGACCUGCUGUCUGAGUUCCCUGAUAAGUUUGGAUCCUGUGUACCCCACACCACACGGCCUAAGAGGGACUAUGAGGUGGACGGGCGAGACUACCAUUUUGUGUCCUCCAGGGAACAGAUGGAAAAGGACAUCCAGAGCCACCGGUUCAUUGAAGCAGGGCAAUACAAUAGUCACCUGUACGGCACCAGCGUGCAGAGCGUCCGCGAGGUGGCUGAGCAACAAGGAAAACACUGCAUCCUGGAUGUUUCAGCUAACGCUGUGCGUAGACUACAAGCUGCUCAACUUCAUCCCAUUGCAAUCUUUGUCCGGCCCAAGUCACUAGAGAAUGUUCUAGAAAUCAACACUCGACUGACAGAGGAGCAGGCCAGGAAAGCAAUGGACCGAGCCCUUAAACUAGAACAGGACUUCCUCGAGUGCUUCUCAGCUGUCGUGGACGGGGACAGCUUUGAAGAGGUUUAUCACAAAGUAAAGACAGUGAUUGAGGAGCAAUCAGGGCCUUACAUCUGGAUCCCCACUCGGGAGAGGCUGUGAUGCUGUGAUCGCCCGACCGGCCCUCACCUCCCGACCAUCACAACCACAGACCACCGCCGCCCUCCACCCCUCACAGCCGAGCCAGCCGAGCCUGCCUGCCCGUCUGUCCCCCCGUCCUCCAGUGAAGUCAGUGCUUAGGCAAUCACUGCUUAAUGACACAGAGAGACAAAUGCCUACAAAGAGCGAGAAACCACGGGAAGCGACACCAUGAGGCGAGUAAGGAUACCAAAAAAGGAGACACUUUUAUAGAAGAGGUGAACAAGCUGAUGUGUAAUUAAACUGAAAGAGAUUGUUAGAAAAGAGUUUAUUGUAAUUUCACUUUAAUGAAGGCAUACUAUUUAGGAUCAGUUGGUAUUUAGCAUUAAAAUGCACACUGGUUUUAAACCAUGGCUUCACCAAAAUAAAUUGGCCAAAUUAACCUAUGUUCAACUAAAAUCUGGUUUACAUGCAGAUGUAGUUUUCUGCCAUUAAACAGUGAAAUCCAAACACAGAUGGCCACUUUUGGCUCAUUUUACUUGCAUUUUGAUCCCCGAUGGGAGCUGCAGUCCGCAUCCUGUGGAUCCUAAAAGAGUAGAUGUGUCUGAGUAGAGCUUGGAAUAACGCAGAGGAUGGACAUCACCUCUGCCUAUCUCAAGUCUCCUGUCCCCACUGAGCACCUCCAUGCGACAGUGAUCCCUGGGAUGGAGAUUCUAAAAAGACCCUUUUUGGAUCUCUUAUUUGAAAGCACCUCCUAGCCUCUUCGGAGAAUGCUUCAGAUCCUGGUGAGACCCCCCUUAACCAGGAGUCUUUUCUCAGCACUUUUUGUGAAUCUCUUCUUGGUUCUUGGUGCACACUUGAAAUAACAUCUCUGUAACCAAGACAAACAUUUCUUCUGUUGCCCAUUUUAAAUAUUGUGAAGCAGAUUUUAAAGGCGUUGUAAUUCAUUUUGAUUAAAAGCUCAUUAUGCUAAGGCAUGCAUCUUCAUUGAUGGAGGUGGAGAAAAACACAGGAAAUAUCACACAAGAAAUGGAAAAACAGCUAACAGGUACAGUACCUUUCAAAAAUAUUUUAACUUUCUCACAUUUUCUCAUUUUAAAAUCACAACAUUAUAAUAUUUAUUUUAGGAUUUCAUGUGAUAGCUGAACAGAAAGUACAGUCCAACAUUUUAAGUUUGUGGUUGCUGCGAGACAAACUGUGGAAAAAUUCAAUUGAAUGAAUGCUUUUGCAAGGUACUGUAUGUUAUUCUUCUCUGCCUCCUUAUUGUGAAGGAGUGUUUUAGCAUGUCUCAUAAAGAAAGAAGAGCAAAGAGAAAUGGCCACGAGAGGCUGGCUCUGAGUGAAAAUAGAUGCUCCGACACAGUUUAGCCUCUAUAUCCUUACGCACACAUGCACCCGCACUCAAACACACGUACAACCUCGCACCCCAUCCAGUGACCCCCCCACACACACACGUGGAGCUGGAACCUCAGCUGUAAACCUGGCAGACCCCUCUGCAGCUGUUCUGACCUGCUAGUCAGAAUCCAGGAUGAAUGUUAUCUCUCUCUAGGCACAAACAGCAGAGCAUUCGGCUACACCUCGCCGGUCACUCUUCCAGGAGAUCCCUUUUCAAUGCGCAGACUUACACACUGUUUCCAGUGGCCGCAGUAUUAAGCCAUGGCGUGUGUGUGUGUCUGUAUCUGUGAGCAUCUCUGCACAGCUGUGCAUGUGUGGAAACUCCUCUUUGUGUGUGGGGAGGAAUAAGUCUUCUUUUAUUGUCUCUCUUCCACCUUUCUCUGCUUCUUUCUCCCUCUUGAAUCCACACAAAUAAAAUAUAAGUCAUGUUUAAAGACUAAAAAGAAAAUAAAUGGCCUCUAUAUAUAAAUACAUAUAUAAAUAUAUAUAUCUUUUUUAUGACAAUUUCUAACAGGACUAAGUCUGUAAAGAAAAAUCAACAUUUCCAAAUAAUAUUCCAUUGGUUUUUUUGGGUAUAAUUGCAUUUUGGGUGUUGGGUUUACCCAUAUUCUCAUUUUAUUGUUGUUAAAAAAGCAAAACGUUAUACAGAUAGGACAAAAUGAACUGUUUAAAGCUGGUGUAAAGCAGACCUCGCACUAGAGCUUUGAUCUGACGUAAAUAUGAUAGGAUGGUGUUUGAAACAAAAUGACAAAAAAAGAACUUAUUGAAAAACGUGCAAUGCAGCUGUGUGUCUCCGAGUGACUGAAUGUGUGUGUUUGUUGCAGGAAAUUGUCCAUUAUGUAUAAAAUAUAGAUGAUGCUAUAAGAGGAAUCCAGCUUAUGGUGGUUAUGAUGCAUAAUACAUAAAUUCAGUUCAAUUCAGUUUAUUUAUAUAGCGCCAAUUCACAACACAUGUUGUCUCAAGGCACUUCACAACAGUCAGGUACAUACAUUCCAAUUAAUCCUAACCAUUGAACAGUGCAGUCAGAUUCAAUGAGAUUAAAUGAGUGGUGUGAGCUUGUGGGUGUGUGCGUGAGAGAGUGAGACACACACGUGAGGAUGUAAUGCAAUACUGCUAUGAUGUUAUGCAAUGAAGAUGGUUUUAUGUGUAAGAUUAAAAGAGUAUCUAUGAAGUUUGCACUGACAGAUAUUAAAUGCUGGAGAUGUCAGAAAAGGGACAGAAACAGCAAUUGGAAGGAAAAAUGGAUCGAGAUGAAGAUUUUUAGGAGCAUGUGUUUGUAUUAUUUGUUCUGAAUUAUAAGCGUGAAUAUGGAAGUAUUGAUGGAAAUAACCAUUCAUAUUUAUUGUUUUUGUUUACCUGCGUCUCUCAGCCCAAAGUGAACUUGCUGAGAUUUAAUGAAUGACAGUUUUUGGUUUUGGUUUACAAGUGCAUGUGAAUAAAUCAGAAAAAAAUUAUUAUAAUCAAAAUUACUUUAUUUCUGUAAUUCAGUUCAAAAAGGCGAAACCCAUAUAUACAUUCAUUACACACAGACAGUUAUAUUUCAAACUAUUAAUGCUAAUUUUAUGAUUAUGCCUUGCAUAAGAUCCAUCCCAUUACAUACAACCAAUAAAAACUUUUUGUUAAUUUACAAUGAUGUCAUUUUAUGACCUAAACAGUCAUUUGGAAGACUGCUGACUGGUGGAAAAAGGAUCAAAACACCUGAAAGCCAAGCCCAUUGAAGAAUCACAAGGUGUGGACGGUGAACAGAUUCCGUUUACAGAGCCACCACACACAGACCAAUCCAGGAGAUGGGCUGGGUCUGUGUGUGGUGCUAAGCCUAUCCUGCUCUGGAGACCAUGUCAAUGUCAGAAUCUUUACUUAAGAUGCUGAUUUCAGUUUUUCCCACACUGUCAAAAGUACAAACACCUGCGCAAAAGAAUGGUUAAUAAAUUUUCAUCCUGUAGAGGAUAUGUGGGGUUAUUUACAAAGGAAAGACAAAACAUCAGAGCCAAGAAUGCAAAUGAGCCAAUUGCCUCCAUGCAGCGGCGUAUUGAUGCAAUGCAAAUUCAUGCAAAUGGAGCACAAAUCAAGUAUUGAAUGCAUACACCAUACAGUAUGACAGACUGUUAGGUAGGCUGGCAUUUAUGCACUUAAAAUAUUUAUUUAAUAGUCUUAAAAAUAUGCUAGCCCUAACUGUGAGAAAUUGAAUUCUGGGUUUAUGUUAGCUGUAAGCCAUAAUCAUCAGAAUUAAGAGGAAAAAAAAUCUAGAAAUAAAUCAAUGUGUGUUAUGAAGCAACCUAUUUAACGAGGCUCACUUUUUAAAAAUUGAAUUACUGAAAUAAACUUUAAUGAUAUUCUGGUUUAUUGAGAUGCAUCUGUUUUAUGUAUUAAAAACUGUCACUAAAGCACCAUAUCGAGUGUAUAUUUUCUUUUUUCUUUUUUUUUUGGUCCCCCACGUUGAGAAAGCUCUUGGGUCUUGGAUGCAAAAUGCUGUAAAUACAAAUAAUGUUUGGUUUUUCCUGCGUGGCUCUCGGCCAUCACUAUCCUAAAUGGAAACAAGUACGAGAAUCCUCCAUGGGAGCCACGGUCCAGUUUAACUGCAUUUACACACUCUGGGUGGGAAAAACACACACAUAUUAACACAUACACAGUCUCAGCAUGUCCACCCAUGCAUUUACAUUUACUACACGCACAGAAGUGACAACACACACACACACAUUGAUUGAAUAGUAUGUUUUCAGUUUCUUUCUUUGAGGGUUUCAAUGUAUUUCUUAAUAUCUCUCUCUCUCUCAGCCAUCCGUAUCAUAGUGUGAUAUUCCUUAUAAAGUAUAUGAAUUUUUACAGAAAAGACUGAUUACAAAGUUACACCUGAUGCAGAAGAAUAUAUUCAAUUAUGACAAUAUGAAGCAAAAUAAAAUGUUCCAGUUCAGUGAAGCGCUUGUUGUAAAUUAGCUAUAAAAUAAUAAAAUGGAUUUAAAAAUGCUUUCUGAAAA